CAUUCGGGAACGCGCAGACCAACCCUCCCCUGUGUAUCCAUGAAGUUGUUACAAAGAUGGCGGAUUUCCUGCCGUCCCGGUCUUCGUUAGUUUGUUUCACUAAUUGUCUUUUAAAUAGCAACGAAGCCGAACAACUAAGAAAAUCAAAGGAGAUCGAUAAAUUUAUAUCACGCGAGAAGACCUAUGUGAAGAGAUUGGUGAAGAUACUAUUACUGGGUGCGGGUGAAAGUGGCAAGUCAACUUUCCUCAAGCAAAUGCGCAUAAUUCAUGGGCAGGACUUCGAUCAGCAGGCCAGAGAGGAGUUCCGGGCUACGAUUUACAGUAAUGUUAUCAAAGGGGUGCGCGUGUUAGUGGACGCCCGAGAAAAGCUACACAUCCCCUGGGGAGACCCUGACAACCAGAUGCACGGUGAGACCAUGAUGGGCUUCAACACACGGUCAGACAUGAUGAUCCAAGGAUUGGUGGAGACCAAGGUGUUCAACCACUAUCUGCCCUCCAUACGCGCACUGUGGAACGACAGUGGAAUCCAGAACGCUUUCGAUCGGAGGCGGGAGUUCCAACUGGGUGAAUCUGUGAAAUAUUUUUUGGACAAUUUGGAUAAAAUCGGCGAGCCUGAAUAUGUGCCCACUCAGCUUGACAUCCUGCUUGCACGCAAGCCCACCAAAGGCAUCCUUGAGUACGAGUUUGAGAUCAAGAACGUGCCUUUCAAGAUGGUGGACGUGGGAGGGCAGCGCUCGGAGCGGCGGCGGUGGUUCGAGUGCUUUGACAGCGUCACCUCCAUCCUCUUCCUCGUAUCGUCCAGCGAGUAUGACCAGGUGCUGAUGGAGGACCGGCAGACCAACCGGCUCAUGGAGUCGCUCAACAUCUUCGAGACCAUCGUCAACAAUCGCGUUUUCGCCAAAGUCUCCAUCAUCCUCUUCCUUAAUAAGACAGACUUGCUGGAGGAGAAGGUUAAGACGGUCUCGAUCAAGGACUACUUCCCUGAUUACACAGGUGAGCCUCACGACUUGGCCGACGUGCAGAAGUUCCUGGUGGAGUGCUUUAGAGAAAAACGCCGGGACCAGCAGCAGAAGCCUCUCUACCACCACUUCACGACCGCCAUCAACACAGAGAACAUUCGGCUGGUCUUUCGCGACGUUAAGGACACCAUCUUGCACGAUAACCUAAAGCAGCUCAUGUUGCAAUAAGCAUUGUGUAAGGACUUUUUAAUUGAAAUGUUAUGUUCAUAGAUAAAUUUCUGUCAAGGAGAAUGGGUGAAUAAUCCAAUGGGUGUAACGUAGUACAGGUGUCAGUUGGGGCAAAGGAAAAUAAGAGGCUUCCAACAUGGUUCUGCGCCAGUAUAUAUUCUGUAUGAUGCACUCUGUUGCCGUCUUGUGCCUUAAUAGGUUGAUAUACUUUCAGCAGAGACCAGCCUUAAGGAGGGAUGCCAUUUGAGCCCUACCUCCAGUAAUUCUUGCUGAGUCUUAAAUCCUACACUCCUGUCACCCUCAUUUAUCUUUUAAAUAUGAUUUUAAUAGCAGACAAGCAGGCAUUUGCCUGCUGGAAUAUGCAUACUGUAUCUUCAAUACACAAAACUCAAUGUAUCAUGAUCAUACAGGAAUCUUACAAGAAUAAAUGUUUCAUGACCUCCCUGUAACUAAGGGAGCCUAAGAAGCCAAAGGAAGCUUUUACCAUCAAACCUUUACCCAGGUACACGAUAUACAAAAUUAUUGUUUGAUUUUGUCUAUGAUGUCUUCGAUCUGUGGUAGUGCCAAACAGAAGCUGUCCUGUCAAAUUCAACCCUGUAAAUAGAUUUUGACAAGGCUUAACCACACCUUCCUUUUGUAAGCCAAAAUAAUAAAAAAAAACUUGUCUUCACAUAAAGUUUUUCUAUUUUACACUGGUUUUAAGGUAUAUGACUAAGAAGGCCCUCAUAUGCUGACUCGGGGCUUCAGACCACUCAGAUGUAUUAAUGAAGCGCUAAUCUGCAUUACUUGCUAACAUGAUCACUUAAUGUGCUUACAUUUUUCUAUUUUUCAAUUUUAAUGACUGAUUAUACAACCUGUGGCUUUAACAAACUAGGCUUGUUAAUGGGUGACAUGACAUUGGGUAUGUUGCUAUUUCUUUUGACUGCUUUUCCUGAUUAUUUCUGUGUACUUUUAAUGGUGACCAAAUCUGUCUGUCUUCACAUAUUAAGGUACCAGUACAAUUAGCCACUACUUCUCUUGCUUAAUCACAUAGCUUAAAAAGGGAAACAAAUUGCUCGAGUUAAAUAAUUAAUAUCUUUUGUUAAUAGAUAUAUGCUAUGUACAGAUUUCAUUGCAUUCCCAGACCUGUUAGAUUGUGCCUUUCCCAGAUUGUUAUAUUUAACCAAUAUGCAUUUAAAUACAUGUUUUUGUCCUGGUUCCUGUUUUUCUUGUGCCUAAGACAACUAUGUGGCGAUGCUGCUGUCCAUUAACAGAACCUUCCUUCACCAGAAAGCUAAAACAGACCUUGCUGUUGUGUGUAUCUCUCUCUCUCUGUGUGUGUGUGUGUGUGUGUGUGUGUGUGUGUGUGUAUUUCAGGAUACAGUCACCUCAGGAUUUCCUUGCCUCACUGUCUGUCAAACAUUUCUCUUUGGGUCCUUUUGAUUAUAACCCACAGAGUAAUAUUAAAGGCUUUUACACUUUU